UCCCUGAAUUUGUGCGAGGGGAUUUUGGUGUUGGUGGUUGUUGGUGUGGUGUAACACUUGCAAAAGGCUGUAGCAUUCUGCAGCACGCUGUCCAGGGAUCACUGCUCAGCAGUGUACUGUGCUUUAUAUUGUAGCUUAUGGAUGCUGUGAUGUUACAGCUCUCACGAGCCCGAAAUCGGCUUACCACUCCAGCUACUCUGACUCUACCAGAGAUUGCCUCCAGUGGUCUCGCAAAAAUGUUCACCCCUGCUCUGCCUCCAGACAUCCUUGUGAAUUUCUAUAUUAACCUGAAUAAGCUGUGCCUGACUGUCUACCAACUCCAUGUGCUGCAGCCCAGCACAACCAAGAACUUCAAGCCUGCUGGAGGAUCCAUUUUACACAACCCUGGAGCCGUGUUUGAGUUUGGCAACCAGCGGUAUGAAGUCAGCCAUGUUCAUAAAGUGGAAUGUGUUGUCCCAUGGUUAAAUGAUGCCCUUGUCUUCUUCACAGUUUCACUGCAGCUUUGCCAGCAACUGAAGGACAAGAUCUCUGUUUUCUCCAGUUACUGGAACUACAGGCCAUAUUAA